AUGUCGAUACCGCAGGAGGUAGCUUCAGACCGUUCAUGGCGCCUUGCAAUUCGGCUAGACCGGGGCGGUUCAGACGCGCCUUGUUUUGAUAAAUCAUCCAGCCGGUUCAGCUGCAAAACUUGCUUUGACUCACCUGUCAGAUCCGUCAAAGCGACAGCUAAACACACUUCGCAAGCAAACAUGUCAUCGCAAUCUGGCAAGUCAGGCAAGGUCGGCGGCAAAGGCAAGGCCGGCAAGACUGGCGGCGAAAAGUCCGCACAGCAGACACGUUCGUCUAAGGCUGGCCUGCAGUUCCCCGUCGGUCGUAUCCACCGUUACCUCAAGCAACGCACCCAGAACAACAUGCGCGUCGGUGCAAAGGCUGCCGUCUAUGCUUCCGCGAUUCUCGAAUACCUCACUGCCGAGGUGCUCGAGUUGGCUGGUAACGCCGCCAAGGAUCUCAGAGUAAAGCGUAUUGCUCCAAGACAUCUUCAGCUUGCCAUUCGUGGAGACGAGGAGCUCGAUACGCUCGUAAAGGCGACCAUCGCUGGUGGUGGUGUCCUGCCUCACAUUCACAAGGCACAAUCUGCUCGCCAAGACGGGACCGCCCAAGGGCAAGGGGCCUCAAGGAAAGGGCGUCGAGGCUUAAUCGCGUCUCUUUCUCCUCCUCACUGCUGUGCCAAUGUUUACGCGUCUCUGUCAGCCCUUGUAAGACAGCACGACGCUGCGUCGCAGCAGUUCUGCCAGGGUAUUCGAAGACAGUGCAAAGACCAAGCAGGAUACCCUCGCCACCUUGUGCCUUAUACUUUUGACUUUUGCUUCCAUUUUUGUCGUUUACAACGUGUGCUUUGCUCGCCUGCCCUUUGA